GCCUGGCAAGCAGAUAAUAACAGGACGGAAAGUGAAACUGACGUUGUUCAGUUUAACAACGUGAAAGAGAGUCGCACCGUCAGAACAGAAAAUCCAAAGGAAUAUUCCCAUUCUAGCUGGACAAAAUGGGACAACAUUUUGUGAAGUUCUUCAGUCUUUUCAAAUCCAGAGGAAAUCAAAUGGACACCAGGGAGGAACAACUACGAAAGUACAUCUUAGAGACCCUCAGCUACAUCAAAACAGCCAAGAACUUCUGUGACGCAGAACAACAAUGGACCACUCAGAGGAAGACAGAGCUAAAGAAGAUGAGAGACAUCAAAAGCCGUGCAGGCGAAUUCUUAGGCUGUAUCAGAAAGCAGGAGCUGGAGAACGAGCUGGGGGCAGUUCUAGGAGACACUCUUGAGGGGCUGAAGAAACUUCAUCACUUCCUGGACGCAGUAGAGAGGCUAGCAGUCACCUCACUGUUCGUGUUCGUGGACAAGAGCUUCCUGUUGGAGGGAGUGAACACUGAGGCUGUACGAUCGGUGAUCUCAGCAGCCAGAACCAUGUCCCCACUCCUCAUCCAUUUCAAGAGAGAUGAUAGAGCUUUCUUCAUGCCUAGGCUGGGAAAUGUGGACGUCCUGGCCUUCCAGCUGGACAAAUACGUCCUCAUCACACAACAGCUCUGCAAGAGAAUGAAGUCCAAAAGCACUUUGGAUGUUAUAGACCUACAGGACAAAUCUUCAUCAAGAUUUAAUUUCACCAUAAAUGGAUCCAUGAAAAAUGCAAUUGGCCGCUUGAGCAAAAUCAGAGUGGACGAGUCAUUCAGGAUGUCAUUCUUAUUUAAUGGGAAAGGUCAGCGCUUCAGUGAGACAUACAGGGGACGUCGUUCCAGGAUGUUCCGGUUCCUGUCAGAUCUAGAGGAGACUGCAGUUAAGUUGGAUAGGAUGAAGAUGGGUUCCAGCAUCUCCACUGUGGCGGGCAGUUCAGUGGGCAUUGCUGGAAGUAUCUUGUCCAUCGUAGGCCUGGCUCUUGCCCCCGUCACUGCAGGAACGUCCCUGGCCCUCACGCUCACUGGGGUUGGGUUAGGGGUCACCAGCGGGGUCACUAGCUUAGUCACAGGCAUCACUGAAAUGGCAGUCAAUAGCCAUCAUGGGGCAAAUGCCAACAAUGUCUUCCAGAGAUUCAUGGAGGAUGUGCAGAUGGUUCUAGAUUGUCUAGAGCAGGCAGCUAGACGUCAGCGUUUUGUACCACAUCUGGAUGAGGGUAAUACGGCACUUGGAUCUGCGAAAGCAAUCAUUCAUGCUGGAACAGUCAGUAAAGGUAUUGAUGCCCUUGUGGAUGGAGCUUCAGCCAUGAAGGCUCUGAAGACUGAGGAGGUAGCGAGGACUGCGGUCAGUAUGGGCCUUCAGGAAGCUAAAGCAGCUCGGAACAUCCCCAACCUUGCUGCAGACCUGCCUGACAUUGGUCGGCUGGCUAAGGGCACUCCUCUGGCGAUGACAAAAGCAGCCAGGGCCGGGUUUAUCACUCUAAACGCCCUCUUCAUUGGUAUAGAUGUUCUGUUCAUCUGUAAAGAAGGUGUGAGUCUGGCCAAAGGGGAAAAAAGUGAAGUGUCUCAGCUCAUCCGCUCCAGAUCAGCUCUGUGGCGCUCAGAGUUAGAGGCAUGGGAUAGGAUCCAUGACCGUCUGUGUAAAGGAAAAGAGACGUUCCAGGACAACCUUGAAAUUCUACAGCAAUCCUUUAGCAUUAUUGAAAUGAUUAGGUCACAAAUGAACAAGUGGCAUUCAGCAUUAAUGGAAUAUUUAAUGUAUUGCCAGCUGUACUUAUACUGCAUAUGGCUACAAAUAGUCACAUACGUUACGCGUCCCUAAAAAGAAUUUAUUGUGGUUUUUUAGACUUGUCAUGCUUAACCUUAAAUCAGAUGAAAAGGGGGGGGGGGUAUCUUAACCCUUAGAACCUUGGGUAAUUUGGCGUAAUUGUUUGGUAUUUGGGUCAGUUACUAUUACAAUUGUAAUGAUAUAGUAUUAAAGUAUUUCAGUCACACAUGCCAUAUGUUGUUAUUUGCAGGAGACCCUGGGCUACUCAGAUAUACCAUGAUUUGACAUGUAAAUGAUUUUUUUGAUAUGUUUAUGUAUUAGGCUAAUUUUAGAUCACAAAUUUACCUGCGGGCUUCGGGUUCUAAGGGUUAACCAACUCAAGAGUGAUGCCCAACAAUGAAACAAUGAUAAAAUUAGCCUUACUGGAUCCAUAGAAACUCCCAAACAAUAAGUGGAGUAAAUGAUCUGAAUAUGUUAACUUAACUUCCACUUUUAUUCACAGUUGUUUUUCCUAGCUGGUGUGUUUAAGUGCCUAUCAAGUGCCUAAGUCACUUAAGGCCCAUGUACUGUUUACAAAGGGUUAUUUCACUCAGACACUGACAGAUUUAACCAGAGAAGAUUCAUAAAACCUUCCAUCCAACUCAGUUAACUCAGUUACUGCCAUAUUUCACUAUUUAACACCUCAGCUAACACUGCUUGCCUAGUCUCAGCAUAACUUACUUCACCUCGUACCUUUUCACUGAAAAACAGUGAGCCUGUGAAGAGUCAGUUAACUGAUACCAAACAUGAAAAUCCACAACCUAAGCUGAACAUUUUAUUUCAUAAAAUCUAUAUAACUGCUCAGUACAAGUACAAGGCAAUGAAAUGCAGUUAGCAUCUACCAGAAGUAGUAGCAUAGUGCAAAUGUGCAAUAACAGGCAUAAGUAUGACAUAUCUAUGAGAAUAUAUAACUAUAUGAACA